AUGAAUCACCAAAAGUAUUCACUGGUGUCUCCACCCAGAAGAUCCUCAGAAGCACACUUUCGCGACCGCCCAUCUCCAGAGUCUGGACAACCAGACAACGAUGCUGACGCUGGAAGCCAUGAUCGCCCUCCCGGUUCGAUCGCACUUCAACGCUCAUGGUGGGUCUUGAUACUAGCAUCUUUCUACGCGAUGCUAGCGCUUUCCUCAUGGAUCAUUUUGUGCAUUUUGUCCAUCCGGCCGUUGACCGCAAAGUCAUACGAGGCUCCGACAAAUCUUUCAGACUGGUACGACUAUGAGCCCCAGCUUGCAAUUUACACUACAAACGAGAAAUGGUAUCAGGCAGCGCGAGUAAUCCAGUCUACUACUGGGAUUCUGACUAUUCCACUGGCUUCGGCCGUAUGCUCCGCCGCCGCGGUCGUCUUCAUCCAGAGCCAUGCCAAAGCGUCAAAAAUGACCAUGAGGCAACUCCUUGCCCUUGCAGACAAGGGGUGGACGGACACGUCUCUAUACUGGCAGCUCAUUCGGGAUCCAAAACGCUCGUGGAAGCGCUACGUUAGCUCAUUUCUCCUUCUUGCCAUUGCGCUCCAUUUCCUUGGAGGCCUCAUCUCUCCGCUUCAAGCCUUGCUCCUAUCAUCCAAGGCUAUCAAAGUUACAAGCAGCGGCUCAUCGAGAGCGGUCCCCGAUAUUGCGGUUGGCGGUUGUUAUCCGGAUAGUGUCGCAGCUGCUGCCAUUCCAACACUGAACUCAGCCAUGCCCGAAAAUUAUGACCAACUGAUUUGGCAAUCUACCGGGUUAAACUGCUCCGCCGGCAAUAUUUACUGUGCUAUUGGAAACACAUUAGCUGAUCUGUCACCUUCAUCUGGUCUGUUUCUCGCUCCCUUGCCCAACGGUUAUAACACCGGCGUCCUUCGCCAAUACGCACCUCGCUACAACUCCAGCGCAAAAGUCACUAGCAUUAAUCCUUCGGAGUUUCCGUCAAAUUGCUCCUCUUCCAAAUACGCAUUUCAUACUCAGGAAGUCGGAACCUAUUUUAAGGUGGAAGUUUGCUUCCCGCUAAGCUUCCCGCUGAACCACAAUGCGCCAGCGCAAGCCUACGGGCCAUGGAAGAACACUCGUGAUAGACAGGACUUCACAGAGGAACUCUUUAUCAACGUAACAUUCAUAAAAGUCAGCUGUGACAUCAACGGGUGCGAUGAAUAUGGCCAGUUCAAGGUAACCAAAAGCCUGUUGAAGGUUACUGCGCAUACGACUGCCGGCUGGUUCGAGUUACCCAAUUACAUGAACUCCGGAAUCCCUGGUCCUCUCGAGGUAAGGGACCCGACCGGGUCGAGAAAUGAAUCUAUACGACAGGCGACACAGCGCAGAGGCUCUCAGUUUUUCGAUGACUCCUUACGGAUGGUGAACCUAAACCCCGGUCCUCUUCUCAGCUUAGCGUGGGCGAUGUUCGGUUCCCCAAUAUCCUAUAUGGCAAGCUGUGCUACUGCGUUGAGCGAUCCGGAAUUGAGCAACCGUACCUAUUCGCUAGGUGUUCAAUAUUGCUCUCAACCACCACUCUGGGGCCUCUGGACAUCACUCACUUCUACGAUGCCAUCCACUAUCGCGAAACGCCAUUUCAAUGCUACCUCCGAGGAUGAAUAUUCUUUCCUGAAAUGGCUGUCAAUUUUCCACAACUUUAACAGCUCGGAUGCAACUUACAAGUCGAAUUUGGAAAAAGUUUUGUCCGAUGGCCUAUUCCUUACAAAUGAGGCAUGCAUAGAACUUGGGACUCAGGACGGUCUCUACCCCUCGGUCAGCGUCGUUUCUGAUAUGGGAAGAGAUACAAACAUACCGACAAUAUCCCGGGCCGGUCUUGUAGUUAUAUCUACUUUGCUAACCAUUUACCUUCUCUCACUAUUAUCUGUUGCCAGCUACGCGGCAUUGGCGCCGCGUUGGACCGAGUUCAUGGAUGGUUUUGCGAUGUUAAGAAUCGGCUCUGCAAUCGCUGAGAGAGUACCAUUGUUGGUUACAUACCGAAACGACGAGAUUUCUACAUUGGAUGACAUUCCAGGAUGGAUUGGCAGCUCCCCAUUGGAGGAUAAUGAUGGUACUGAAAAUCAUAAAGAUGAUCUCAAUCGCGCAGCAAAACUCGGGUUGGGAUUGCCAUGCACUCUCAGAGCGGGACAGAAAUACACAUGCUAUUCGGUGGAUUACAACGCUUUCCAAAAGUCUCAAGAAAUUGAGAGGAAGCGGGAGGAAUAUCGUGCUUACUGGAAGGCAAGAGACGCGCGAAAUUGA